CAUGCCAGUAUCCUAACAUGGAAUCCAACCAACCCUUUGUUAUAUAGAGCUGCCAUGACAGAGCCAGAUUCUUCUCGAUCUAGACCACAAGGGGCCUAUGAUGUCUUUUUGAGUUUUAGAGGAGAAGAUACUCGCAAGACAUUUACAGAUCAUCUAUAUACAGCCUUAGUCAAAGCUGGAAUCCACACUUUUCGAGAUGAUGAUGAACUUCCUAGAGGAGAAGAAAUCUCCGAUCAUCUCCUCAAGGCAAUCCAAGAAUCAAAGAUAUCUAUAGUGGUCUUCUCAAAAGGAUAUGCUUCUUCUAGAUGGUGUCUUGAUGAACUUGUGGAGAUUCUGAAGUGCAAAUAUAGGAAAACUGGUCAGAUUGCUCUUCCUAUAUUCUAUGACAUUGAUCCUUCAGAUGUGAGAAAACAGACUGGCAGUUUUGCUGAAGCAUUUGUUAAGCAUGAAGAACGUUAUAAAGAGAAGGUGAAGGAGUGGAGAGAAGCUCUUGAGGAGGCAGGAAAUCUAUCUGGAUGGAAUCUCAAAGAUAUGGCAAAUGGGCAUGAAGCAAAAUUUAUCCAAUAUAUUAUCAAGGAAGUGUGGAAUAAAUUGUAUCCCAAGGACAUGAAUGUUGGUACUCACCCAGUAGGUAUUGAUCCCCUUGUCAACGAAAUCAGAGACUUCGUAAGUAAGGCAACAGAGAAGGUUUGCAUUGUGGGCAUACAUGGGAUGCCAGGAAUAGGAAAGACGACUAUAGCAAAAGAAGUAUUUAAUAAACUCUGCGAUGAAUUCGAGGGGAGCUCUUUUCUUUUGAAUGUUAAAGAAAAAUCAGAAUCUAAGGAUAUGGUUCUUUUGCAACAACAACUACUUCAUGAUAUUUUAAGACAAAAUGCUGAGAAGAUCAAUAAUGUUGAUAUAGGAAAGGUUCUGAUUAAAGAACGACUUCGGCACAAAAGAGUUCUUGUUGUUUUUGACGAUGUGGAUCGUCCAGACCGACUACUUGAUUUGAUGGGAGAGCCAAGUUGGUUAGGCCCUGGAAGUAGGGUAAUAAUUACAACUACAGAUGAAAGCUUACUUCUUGAAGCUGAUCAAAGAUACCAGGUUCAAGAAUUGAACCGGGGUGACUCCCUUCAGCUUUUCUGUAGGCAUGCAUUUAGGGACACCAAACCAGCAAAAGAUUAUGUUGAGCUUUCGAAUGAUGUAGUUGAAUACUGUGGAGGACUUCCUUUAGCUCUUAAGGUUUUAGGUUCUUGUUUGUAUGGGAAAAACCAAGCUAGAUGGGAAUCUGUAAUUGACAGAUUGAGAAAAUUUCCAAACAGUGAAAUUCAGAAAAAACUUAGAAUAAGUUUUGACACACUGGAUGAAUCUACACUAAAGAAUACAUUUCUUGAUAUUGCAUGCUUCUUUAUUGGCAGAAAGAAAGAAUACGUAGCAAAAGUGCUAGAAGGACGUUAUGAUUACAAUCCAGAAGAUGAUUUCGGAACUCUCAUUGAACGGUCUCUGAUUAAAGUUGAUGAUUCUGGAACGAUAGGCAUGCAUGAUCUAUUACGAGGGAUGGGAAAGGAGAUCGUUAAGGAAGAGUCACCUGAAAAUCCUGCGCAAAGGAGCAGAAUUUGGAGUCAAGAGGAUGCGUGGAUAGUACUCAAGAUGCAGAUGGGAACAGAAGUUGUAAAGGGCCUUACACUGGAUGUGAGAAGAUCAGAAGACAAAUCACUAAGCACUGGAUCAUUUACAAAAAUGAAAUUGUUAAAAUUACUCCAAAUCAAUGGAGCAGAACUCACCGGAUCUUUCAAACGGCUUUCUAAAGUGUUGACCUGGAUUUGUUGGCUUGAAUGUCCUUUGGAAUUUUUACCGUCGGACUUUUCACUGGACUACGUAGUUGUUAUUGAUAUGCAGUACAGUAAUAUCAGAGAACUAUGGAAGAAAAAAAAGAUGCUCAACAAUCUAAAGAUCCUUGAUCUCAGUUAUUCAAAGAACCUUGUUAAAACACCAAACAUGCACAGUUCAAGUCUAGAGAAAUUACUGCUUGAAGGUUGCUCAAGUUUAGCUAAGGUACAUCAAUCUAUUGGACAUUCAAAGUCUCUUGUAUGUUUGAACAUUUCGGGGUGUUCACAACUUAAGGAGCUGCCGAAGUGCAUGGGUGAUAUUGAGUCCUUCACUGAGCUUCUAGCAGAUGGAAUUAACAACGAGCAAUUUCUCUUUUCAGUUGGACAUUUAAAGUGUGUGAGGAAGUUGUCAUUGCGCGGACACUGGAAGUGGGACUGGAACUUACCAUAUCGGCCUUCACCAAAUUCUUCUUGGAUUUCGGCUUUGCUAACUCCAACUUCCACUAUUUGGAGAGUAUUGGGAAAGCUAAAACUUGUUAAUUGUGGUUUCUCUGAACGUGCAACUAAUUCUAUUGAUUUUGGAGGUUUUUCCUCUCUUGAAGAGUUGGAUCUAUCAAAAAACGAGUUCUUCAGUCUGCCUUCUGGCAUCGGCAUCCUUUCUAAGCUGCGGCUUUUGACCGUUCAGCAAUGCGGAAAUCUUGUAUCAAUCCCAGAGCUUCCCUCAAAUUUAGAACAUUUGGAUACAUGUGGUUGCAAAUCAAUGCAAUGGGCACUGUGCUACGGUGGUUACGGGUAUCAUAUGUUCUUCAAUCGUUGGUAUACGUUCAGCCACAGAGAUAAGUUCACUAUGAUUCCAAAUUGGUUCAGCUACCGAGGAAAAGGAAGUUCAUUAUCAUUUCAUAUACCUCCAGUUUUCCAAGGCUUGGUCGUUGGGGUUGUCUGUCAACGCUUGAUAGGUCUUUUUGGUGCCGCCAAAUUGUGUAUAAAAAAUAAAAGCAACGGUCUUCAAUUGUUUGAAGCAACGGUAAGUGAUGGUGUCGGUAGAAAUUGGUUGAGAUACAUAAGUCUAAGCGAGAUGGCAAUGAAAGAAUAUUGUGAAGAUGAGGAAUUGGAACUGUGCGUGGGACUUUAUACGGGAGAAGACGCUGAAGUGUUUGAAUGUGGGAUCCAUGUGAUAGUUGAAAAGACAGAUUCAUUUGAAGGGUCAGAGUGGGAUCAUGAGUCUGAAGUUGGAAGAGAUAGAGUAAUACCUGCACCACCAUAUCUGUCUCAAUAUGCUCGGUACAAUUUCUUUGAGAUUUACGGCAAGCAAGGUCUCAGUAAUUUAUCAAAAAAUACCAAGGAUCGGCUUCUUGAGAGAAUCUUCAAUUAUCAUUUUCUCGAGUAUUGUUUUCCCUUCAAGGCUUUUUCCGUUCCCUACGAUUAUUCUAUCAUUCCAAAAUGGUUCAGCUACAGUGGAGAAGGAUGUUCAUUAUCAUUUGAUAUACCUCCAGAUUUCGAAGGCUUGGUCAUUUGGGCUGUCUGUUCAGGUGGUACUUGGCAUCAAGAAUUCAAGGCUAUUAUAAAAAAUAAAAGCAACGGUGUUCAGUUGUUCGAAGCUACACAUGCAAUGCCCUAUUUCCGUAGAAGGUGGCUAAGAGUCAUAAGUAGAUGUGAGAUGGCAAUGGAAAAAUACUGUGGAGAUGCUGCAUUGGAACUACAUGUGAUAUUGAGGUCCGAAAGGAGUGAAGUGGUACGAUGUGCGAUCAAUGUGAUAGAUCCAUUUGGACGGAGCAACUACGAUCAAACUCCAGCGUUGGAUCAUGACAUUUACAACCAAGAGUCUUUUGAAGGUUCAGAGGGGGAUCAUGACAUUGACUACUACAAGACUUCAUUUGAAGGGUCAGGAUCGUCGGAUCAUGAGAUUGACAACCAAGAGUCCGAAGUUGAAAGCGAUAGAACGAUACCUUCGCCACCAUAUCAUCUGCUUCACCAUCCCCAUCAUGGUUCCAUGAGAUUUUCUACAAGGCAGCAGUGGAAAGCUUUUUUGAUUCGGGCGUUCAGCCUAUGGAAAAUCAUAACCAUGCAAAAAUUCUCACCUGAUGAUCUCAAUUAGUCGAGGGAUUGGUUUAAGAAAACUCCCCACUUUA